AGUUCAGUUGCCAGCACCCACACGGUGACUCACAACCGUCUAUAAUGGGAUCUGAUGCCCUCUUCUGGCAUGUAGAUGUAUGUGCAAAUGGAACACUCAUGCAUAAAAAAACACAAAUAAAAAUUUUAAAAGCAACUGACUUCAUGCUUCUGCUUAACCCCACAAAAAGCUUCAGUUCUUCAGUCUGAAGUAAAGGAAAAUACAAAUUUAAUCUCUCAAAAAUAUAUCCUGCCAUCGCAUGGGGAUAAUGUUACCUUAAGAGAAAGACCAGAGAUGGGUGAAUGGACCCUGACCAGCUCCCAAGAACUAAUGGUAAGAAAACAGAUACACCUACUCAGGCAGUGGUAUGUGGCUUUAAUCCCAGAACUCGGGAGGCAGAGGCAGGUGGAUCUCUGAGUUUGAGGCCAGCGAGGGCUACACAGAGAAAAACACUAUCUCAGAAAAAAAAAGAAGAAAGUAAGAAAACAGACACCCCUGAUGUUAGCGGCUGUGCAUCAAGUGCCUGUCUCUUCAAGAAUUGAAAAUAAUGAAAAGGCUCACGCACACCUCUCCCCUCCUCCCUGUUGGUCUCUGUAAACUUCCCUCCCUCCGCUUCUUUGUAGCCCAGGUGUAUCCAGAAUGUGCUGUGUGAGCUCAGGUAAUGAAGAAGGCAACAGCAGUACUCAGUGUUAGGUUUCACUUGAAAUGUUAAAAACCCUGUGAAUCUCAGACACAAGGGAGAGGAAGCAAGUAGAUUACCUGUCAGGGACCCUUACAUUUCAAAAAAUGAUGCUUCCAAAUUAGCCAGGAGUUUUCUUCCCCUCCCCCCUACCUCAGCAUUUUGAGACAAGGUUUCACUGUAUACAAGCUGGCCUUGAAUUUGAAAUCUCAUGGCCUUGGCCUCCCACUAGGAAUCUCCCCAAGAUGGGUACAGGGGCCUGUCUGACCUCUUCACACCAUAGCCCGCUGGGUGCUCACGGCCCUGUGAUUCCUCCUGCCCGCUGGGUGCUCACGGCCCUGUGAUUCCUCCUGUUUCUGACCUGCCCCUCAGCUGCCUUGUUGGUGUCUGCAGAGUGCUACACGCCCUUUGCAAGGCAGAGAACCUGACAGUCAACAGUUUCUGUUUGGGAAGUUUGCUUGUUGCUGGCCUGGCCUGGAGUGAACACCUGAAAUACAAGUCCCCAAGUAGCAGGAGAUCCAGCUUCUGAAGGGAAGGGUUCCAGAAAUGAAAAGUGACUAGAGGCUGACUUGGGAUCAAAAGAACUUAGCCAUUGACUAGCUGGUGGUCACUGGGUGGAUCCCCUCAUCUCUGUAGGAUUCAGAGGAGUCUGAAACCAUGUGCUAAGCGCUGGUUACAUCACAAUCACUUGAGGCCCUUGUUAAAGGGUCCUGUUGCCACACUGUAGCACAGUUCUGGGCCACUCUGCUAAAUGAGACCGGACAACCCAGGCAAGUGGCACUGUGGAGUUGUUUGGAGGAGCUCGGAACAAGGAGAAGUAGGAGCCAGGAGAAGAGGCGUCCUGCUGUGCCUUCUCCCAAAGAUGAAGCUAUAAAUGAAGAAAUGCAGAUGGAGCAUGGACAGCAACACUGACAGAGAUCCACAACUGGACCAGAAGGCUAUGGAUGCGCUUGCCCGAAAUCCACAUGAUGGAUUGCUGGUUACACACAUUAACCAGACCCAGGAUCUACUGAAGCUGCAGGCAAGUGAGACUCGGGCAGCAGCUCUGGAAGACUCUGAAGACUGGCUUUCAACUCACAGUUUAAAGUUUGAGAAACUCACCUUGGCUGACCUGAUAAGCCAGGGCACGGUUGAGCUGGAGGAGUGUGGCAAUGCCAUGCCCAAAGUGCAUUUCUCCACCCAGACCGUCCGCCACUUUGAAUCAAGGCUUUCUGACACUAUCGAACUCUAUCAGCAGAGGAUGCGCUGGCUCACAGAGAACAGCAGGAAGGCAUUUGGCCUCAUCAAGGGAACAAGAGUAGGACUCCUCAUUGAUGCGUCCCAGGUCAGCAGUGGCCCUCAGCAAGAAGAAUUCCAAAAUGACCUGGCAAGUCUCAUUGACGAGCAACUGAGCCUCAAGGAAAAGUUGUAUGUCCUGUCCUUCGGCGUCACCACCAAACCCCUCUGGCUGGACCCCGUGGAAGUCAGCGCGUCCACCCUCGAGGAACUGAAGCUCUGGGUAAAGAAGCUGCAGCCUGAGGGAAGCUGCAAUCUGCUACAAGCCUUGAAGAAAGUCUUUGCUCACAAGGAGCUGAAUUCUCUGGUGACCAUAUUGAGAAGCUGUCCAGAUCAGCCUUCUGAAUUCCUGUCUGACUACAUCCAGCAGUCCACCAUAGGACGGGCCCUCGUCAUUCAUGUGACCACCUACAAAUGCAAUGAUCAUGUGCCCUCCGCUGUUCUGAAGAACCUCACAGACGCGCUUCAGGGCUACCAUCACUGCUACAGCUCAGAGUCAGAGCUCCAUACCAGCAGAGAUGUGGAUGAGCUCCUAGCAGAAACUCAGAAGGCACAAGACCUCCUCAGCCAGGUGCGAGUCCUGGGCCAGAGCAGCCCAUGUGAGGAGCUGGCCUGCAUGAUCCAGAAAAUCUCUACAGAGAUUGUGAAAGGCCCGUUCACAAGUCUCUUGCCUAAACCUCCAAAGCAUGAAGCUCCGCUCACAAUCCAGUUCCCAGACUUGGACAAGACUUCUGCAGAAUGGCUGAAAGUCAAUGGUCUAAAAGCCAAGAAGUUAAGUCUUUAUCAGAUUCUGGCACCAAACGCCUUCAGUACUGUGGAAGAAUUUGUGCCUAUUCUCCAGAAAACAGUGUCAGCUACUAUCCAUGAGAAAGCAAUGAUACAGUUUGAAUGGCAUGAUGGGACAGUGAAGAAUAUCCAUGUGGAACCACCCUUCCUUUAUGAGUACCAGAAGCAGCUUGGGCAAGCUGUGCAGAUGUACGAGAAGCGACUUGAGUGGCUCUCCCUGGCCAGCAGGAGAAUCUGGGGCACUGUCUGCGAAAGGAGGGUUGUUAUACUGCUGGAUGUCUCGGUGACCAAUUCCAUGUACAUUAUUCAUAUCCAGCACUCCCUGCGAAUGCUGCUAGAGGAGCAGCUGUCCAACAAAGACCACUUCAACAUCAUCACGUUUGGAAGUACAAUUGAGAGCUGGAGGCCUGAGAUGGUUCCCGUGAGCCAUGACAACUUACAGAACGCCUGGCGGUGGGCUUUGGGCCUCCGGUGUCAAGGAAGCAGAAAUGUCCUCAGCGCCCUGCGGAAGGCCAUAGAAGUGGACUUCAAGGACAAAGACAAACAUGAGUCUCAGGGCAUCUACCUCUUCACAGGGGGUGUUCCUGACCAAGAUGUGUCCACGCUCAGCGCCUAUGUGGCAGAGGCCUGUGGAGGUUGCGACCUCCGUCUGAACGUCUGUCUGUUCUACGUGGGUGAACCACGACUGGACACCACGCCCCCCGCCUGCUACGCCAGCCGUACGGACACAGCUACCGCCUACAAAGAGAUCACCCGGGCUGCCCGAGGUCGCCUCCACUGGUUUGGAGAAACAGGUAUUUAUGAGAGUGAUGACAUCAGUGCCAUCAUAUCCGAGAUAGAAAAAGCCCUCACCUACUCCCAAAAGUGUGCCCUCCUCGUGGCCUCCCUGAAGAACCAUUCAGGAAAAGAACUGCAAAGUGCAGCCCUUCAGAAAGACAAGCCAAGGAUGCUCAAGCAAAGUCCGUCCAAGAAUCUCUGUCCUCCCAAGCCCACAGCCCCCUCGGUGACCAGAAUGAAAAUUAAAGAUGACCUGAAUGGAGACAAGAGCCCCCAGCUAAAAGCUCUGAAGUGCCAUCCCCUCAGUGGCAAAGCAAGCAUCUCUUCAGCUGCCGUCCAUCCUGGGAAAGAAGGGAUGAUGGAACAGAGGAGGAAGGCCAAGCCCGGGGCAGAGGAUACAACUCUCUCGGUGUUCUGCACAGACUCGGGGAAUAGUGUGGGUUCUAUGUCCAAGAGGUACCCUCAAGGGAAGUUUGUUAGAAGGGCUAACUCUUGUAUUGAGCUGCCCAGGAAGGAUGCUGUUUGCUCAAGUCGAGAGUGGAUAGCCACCUGCGGGCUGAAGAAACUGAAGCUGGAGCUCUCCAGAUGCCUCGGGCCCCACUGUGGAAGUCAAAGGUCAGCACGCAGGGCAGCCAAGCACUGCACUCUCUUCCCCAGUGUAGAGAUCAACGGAGUGGUUAAGCACAUCCGGUGGACGCUGUGGGAGAUGGAGGAGUACAUCACGUGCAUGGAGAAGGUGAUGAGGUGCUAUGUGAAAAGGCUGCAGUGGCUGCUGUCUGGGAGCCGCAGGCUGUUUGGCACCAUCUUGGAAAGCAAUGUGUGCAUCGUGCUGGACACGUCAGGCUCCAUGGGCCCCCACUUGCAGCAGAUGAAGACAGAGAUGAUUCUGCUGAUUUGGGAACAGCUGAGGAAGCACUGUGACAGUUUUAACCUGCUUAGCUUUGCCAAGGACCUGAAGCCAUGGCAGAACACUCUGGUGGAGACCACAGAAUCAGCGUGUCACGAGGCUAUGCAGUGGGUGACACACUUACAAGCCCAGGGGAACACUUCAUUCUUAUCUGCUUUAAUGAAAGCCUUCAGCUUUCAGGAUAUGCAAGGCCUGUACCUCCUAACUGACGGGAAACCAGACACAAGCUGCAGCCUUAUUCUCGACACUGUGCAGAGGCUCUUGAAGGGGAGAGACGUCAAAGUGCAUACUGUCUCCCUGACGAGCACGGACAGAGCAGCAGUUGAGUUCCUGAGGAAGCUGGCUUCCCUCAGUAGAGGACGUUACCACUGUCCUGUGAGUGAGGACACCCUCAGCAGCAUUCAUGGCUUGCUCACCCGAGGCUUCAUCAAGGAAGGGGAUCCCAAGUUGCCACUGUUUGAAGGGGAUGACUUAAAGAUACUGGCCCAGGAGGUCAACAAGGCUAGAAGCCUCCUUAAGCAAGCCCAGGUCUUCAGAUCCCAGCUCCUGAAGAAAAAUAACGCGGAACCAAAGGUCAUUCUUUGCUAGAGACAUGUUCUCAGGCACAGCUCAGAUGGCAUCGGUUCCACUGUGAAGAUGUCCCUGGUACCCGUCCAGAGUUAAGGACCUCCAGGCACAUCUGGAUACUUCUGGCCUUCCUCUUCUUCUGGCUUUCCCGACUAGCUAUGCCUCUUGGGGCAUUCAGCACUGUAGACUGUGAUGUCCUGCUCAAUGUCCUAACUCUUCUUGACCACAGUUCCCUCCCCGCAAGAAGCUACUGUCUUAACUAUCCAUGGAUUCCCAGGACCUGCCGUAUGGCAGUCACAUGGUAAGCAGUGAACACCCAGCUGGAUGUAGCAACCCAUCUCUGGAUAACAGCCUGAUGAGGCUACUUCUUACCACCCAGAUCCAUGGGUAAAGGCAGGCAGCAGCAGCCUGGCUUGGGGGAAGACACAGCCAAGAGCCAAGCCCCAUCACCACCACCAUCACCUGCUAAUCAGAGGCUGCUAUGGAUCCAGUCUAGAGUAAAUGCUCUGCUCGGCCUCUGAAAGGCAGAUGCAUCCUUUGAACCUGGCUAUACCAUGUACACAUGAGUGGGGACAUCGUGUGUUAGAUGAUCUGGGAUCAUUUCCUAAAAUGAGAAAAUUGCUUUUACUAAUAGAGUCAAACUGACUUCAAAUGCUUGAGUACUGGUAAUGAGGUAUGUGUAUGUGUGUGUGUGUGUGUGUGUGUGUGUAAAUUUUGAGUGAGAUAAAACUUCAUUAAAUGCCGGGCAGUGGUGGCCCAUGCCUUUAAUCUCAGCACUCUGGAGGCAGCACUCUGAG